UCACACUGCCCACGCGUAUUUAUUUUGUAUAUUUAUAAUAAUUUGCGGCGCAAAUUCUGCGCUCUCUGCGCAUUUAAGUUCACGAACUUUCAAUGCGAGUCGGUCUGGGCCCCUCUGACCUAUGGCGAGGACACCAUGGGCGAUCCGCAUAAGCUUUUAAGCCCGGCGAAAUUGAUCGACGCUCGUCUGCUGGCCCAGCAGGAGGCGCGUCAAAAGCGAUAGCUAAAAAAGCGCUUGCAGGUAAUCCAGCACAGCCUGCCGAGACCCACCAAGUUGAACCCUAAGAACCUGCGACCGCAGUCCGAGAAGCAGGACCUGACGGAGCAGCAGCAGGCCGAGGAGCUGGUCAAGCACGAGAUGAUCACGAUGCAGUUGUACGACUCGGUGAAGGAUCCCGUGCCGGGACAGUCGCAGCACAAGGUUGAGGACAUCUCGCAGCAGGAGCUGGCCAAGGCCCGGCAGAUGCUCAACGAGGAAAAGGAGGUGGUCAAGGAACGCAUGUCGCACGGCGAGUAGCCGCUGGAUGUCUGCGCCCAGGUAUGGCAGGAUUGCCGUGGCCAGGUGCUCUAUCUGCCCUCGCAAAACCGCUAUAUGCGCACGAAUCUGACCAGCAAGAAGGAUCGCCAAGAGUCGGCCAAGAAACUCCUGGAGACGAACCGUCGGCACAUGGCUAAGGAGGCCAAGCGCUGUGGAAAAAUAGAGAAGCUUAAAGUCCUGACCGGCGGUUUUUACACACGCGCGCUAAGGUGCUCAUCAAGCAGCUCUAGGACACCUACAGACAGAUCGAGCAACAACGUUUCGCUGUCCACAUUCCGCUUCCUGGGCGAGCAGGAGGGCAAUGCUGUGCCGCGUCGGCUCGAGUCGCUGCAAGAGGAUGUGCGCCACCAGAUAGACAAAUAGAUAGGUUUACCCAAAAAUUGACCAAAAUAAUUUCACGACUUUUCUAAAAUGUGAUAAGAGUAUCCCCCUUCAUAAAAAAGUAAAAAAAGGGAGAAAUUUUGAGUUAAAAAAAGAGCUAUUACCCUUAUAAAAGGUACCUUUAACUAUUGAAUUUUUGGUUUUGUAAUUAUAUUUGUGAAUCUUAGUUGGGAUUUGAGUCCAUUUCAACUGUGACCUGACUUUAAGAAGGCCACGUAUUCACGGUGGCCACCUAUUGACCACUUUGGGUGAACGAAAAUUCGCACAAAAUUCUGGGACCUGCGCACAAGACCACGAUUAUAUACGCAGCUGAUGCGGAACAUGUUGCAAGUUCAGCAGGGAACGCCACCGGUGGCAACGCUGCCGCCAGAGCUUUAUUUUUCCCAUCAUCAUCCCCCAUGCGAUGCUGCUGCUGCCGCUGGUGAUUCUGCCAAUGAUUCUCUGCUAAUGCCACCAAUUCUGAUUCCGAGUCCGAUUCCGGCCAGUGAGCAGGAACAACGCACACACGGAGAACACUCGCACGCACGGAGCCCUCACGACACACUCGACUUUUUUGAGCGGCAACGGCUGCGCCCCAAUAUUGCGCAUACGACGUGUGGGACGAGUGGCAGGGAAUAAAUAGUUCACAUUUGUUUUGUUUCACGUUUGUUGUUGUCGUUCGCGAAUAUCAAAGUUUUUUUUGUUUGAUUCCCGUUUCUCGUAUUUAUUUUAGCAACGAUUUGUACUGUUUGUGUGUGUUUUUUUUGGUGUGGUUCCUUUUUGAUGUGCGAAUUUGUUGAAGCGAUUUCCAAGCAAAUAACUGCUGCGAAUGGGCCCUGUGAUUGCCCGUUUAUCAGCAAAUCGCAGUUGUAGUUCGCCCCUGAUUGCCAGCGGCUGUGUGUGACAUGUAGAGAGAGCGAGAGGCAGGAGGAGCGAGGAGGGUGUGUGUGUGCCUGCGAGAGGGUGUGUGCGCGUCGCAGGAGUGGAUCCGGAAUCGGUAUCGUAAUGCAAAGACGGCGUUAUGGCACUACAAGGCUGGCGCUUUUUCGGUGUCUCGGCGACCAUCAUCAUCUACAUUGGCGGCGUCCUCUUCCUGUCCAUGAACAACAUACCCGGCUCACAUCCCAAAAGGCCGCGCAUCGAGCGCUUUGCCGAGUUUCCCAGCUUUCACAGUCCUCGGUUCCCGAUGCCCAGCCGCAAGAUGGCCAUCCGGUGGUGUCGCGACCUCAAGUACAUAAAUCGAGAUCUUCCAAACUACACGGACUACAAGGCCGACUUUUACACUGCCCUGCCCAGUGACAUGGGCGCCGCCUUGCAAUCUCUGCCCGCCUUGACCGCUUUGGCCAGCUUCCCGGGCAGCGGCAACACCUGGCUGAGGUACCUGCUCCAGCAGGCAACGGGCAUUCUUACGGGAAGCAUCUACAAGGAUUACGGCCUGCUGAAGACUGGAUUUCCGGCGGAAAACGUGUGCAACAGCUCAGUAUUAUUGGUGAAGACGCACGAGUGGGGCGGCAAGGCGUGGGCCCCGUUCUCGAAAGCAAUACUCCUGGUCCGUGAUCCGGAGAAGGCGAUUAUAGCCGAGUUUAAUCGCCAGAGUGGCGGUCACAUAGGCUUUGCAUCGCCGGAUCGGUACAAGCGGACCAAGGGCAAAUAUUGGCAGCAAUUCGUGAGCAAUAAGCUUAAGGGCUGGGAGCUAAUGAACCUCAGUUGGGCCCGCAAUUUCACGGGCAGCCUCAAGGUUGUGUUCUAUGACGAUCUGGUCCACCACACGGAACGGGAGCUGCGCUCCAUUUUGGAUUUCCUGCAAUUUCCGGUUAGCGAGCAGCUCAUGCGUUGCGCCAUCAUGCGCAAAGAGGGCAUCUUCCGGCGGAAGAAGCGGCUGCUCUCCUUCGAUCCAUACACGGAAGCGAUGCGGGCAGAGGUUCAGGCCCGUCGGCGCCUUGUCUACGGGCUGCUGGGUCGGCAGGAGCCUUAAAAUUCAAAUCUUUAAACGAAUAAUUUCAACGAUGCACAAAUGGCAAGCUCGGAAUUGCAACAUGAAAAUUCCCUGCUCAUCAUCAUGGUUUAAAAUAGGACCAAAGGCAGUCUAAUCCUUAAUGUGCGUAACGAGGCUCUCUUGAGCUCUCUUGAUUUUGCUUUCUCGAGGCUCUCUUGAUCCCAGAGAAGGAGAGGCAGAGAGCAAGCAAAAAGCACGAAUUCAACUGAUUGGUCGCUACGCAUUUUACUACUGCAAGGUCUUUAGCUUAAAGUAGGACCAUAGAUCUCAUCCGGGAAUCCGUAUGACCCUAGAUAGACCCAAUACGUAGUAGUAAAGCCCGAAUCCCCGAUCGUUAUCGUUUCGCUUGGCUUGGCGCAUUAGUUUAAAAUUUGUUCACUCCUUAGGUAUGGUAUUUAGAGGCAUAAAACGUAUAUAUAUAUAUAUAUAUAUAUAGUUUAUAUAUAUAUAUAAAUGUAUAUAGGUAACGAUCGCUUGCGUUUGCAACAAGGUAUUAUGAUUCCUGAACGAAUUUAUGAAAUUCAUUAUAGGCCAUGUUGUGCUUCAUCGCUCAUCGCCCCCACGAAAAAAAAAUCAUCAUCACUCUCCUCUGGUCACGUUGAGUUUCCAUAAUUAGACUAUCUUUGUAAAAAGUUUUAUACACGAACUCUACAAUAACUUGUGAAAUAUUAACGAUGCGCAAAAGUAUUAUAUAAUUGUACAAAAACAAAAAACACAAAAGCAAAACUCAAAAAAAUACACAAGAAAAAACGAGAACAACAAAUCGAAUGGAAACAAUGAAGUGGAUU